AUGUCAGACUGGUGGCAAGCAGCAGCCACACCCUCAGGCUCAACGCCCAUGGGCGCAGGCGGGCCCUUCACUCCUACCAGACCACUCCAGUAUUCGCAACACCGCUCGACCCGGUUCAACAUCGCCGAUGAGCUCGAUCCGGAAGACGCGAGGAUGGCAGAGAAUAUCAGGUUCGCGCCCAGCUUUGCGGCCAGUCCAGCAGGCAAGCUGGUCAUGGGGAGUAGCGGGCAUACGGGCGGGAGGGAAACGGGCGGGAUGGGAGGAGGAGGAGGAGGAGGGGGGAUGAGUCCAGGUGGGAGUGGGCAGGGGACGGGUGGGAGGGGUGGGGAGGCGGUGGCUAGUCCCCCGGCGGGCGCGAGGGCGGGAAGGAGUCCGACGGGGAGGUUUGGAGGUGAAAGCGCCGCUAGUCCCCGCGAUUCUCGCCGGAAACAAAUGACCCAGCAAGUCAUCGACGAGGACAUGCCCCCUACAGCUUCACUACGAGAUACGAGCGACUCGCCAGUCCGAGGCUUCGCAGCUACCAUGGCAGCUAGUAACCAACUCCCUACACCCCCCUCACUCACUGCAUCCCCCACAACUACCCAACUCCUGAUCUUUGGUCCCCCUUCCCACCUUCUGCCCACACUCGAGCCCUACCUCUCCUCCAUCGGCGCCGUCUCCUCCUACGUCCCCGGACCGGACGGCACGAACUGGUGGGUCGUCACGUACAAUUCGCCCGUUUCCGCCGCGUACGCCUUGCGUCGGCACGGUGAGGUUUUAGGUGGAAAGUAUAUGAUUGGCGUGAGGGUCGCGGAGGGGGUUUCUACGACGGCUGGAUCGGGAUGGGGUGGUGCCAAUGGGGGUGGGGAAGGGGUUGGACAUGGGGGACAAGGACAAGGGGGAGGUGGGGGAAUGGAGCGGAAUGUGAUCAGGGAGAAGGGGGAGAAGAGGCAGGGAGAGUGGGAGGAUGAAGGGGCGGCGGGCGCUGGUGGGGCAGGCGGGGGCGUCAGUGGGAGAUUGGCAGAUUGGCUGGAAUGGCAAGACGGAAAGGAAAGCAACGGGAAGUCUAGACUGGUCUGA